AUGAAACCAAACCUUUCAGCGUUCCUAUUACCGUUCCUUCUCCUUCUCCACCAAUCCCUUUUCACGAAAGCUGGUCUUCCUCUUUCUAAAGUUUCCCCAAACGAAUUCAAGUGGCUCAGGGGAAAAAAUCAGUCAAAAUGGAUUGUUCACAAUUUCCUCGAACAAAACCAAACAACAAAGCAAAUCAAAGGCUUGUCUCAAAUCAAAGAGUACUUUUCUAACUUUGGCUACCUUCAACCCUCUGACACAUUCGACGAUUCUUUGGACCAGCAAACAGUAUCAGCCAUCAAGACCUACCAGCAAUCUUUCAAUCUCCAAGUUACCGGCGACCUAAACAAUGAGACAUUACAACUAAUCUCAUUACCCCGCUGUGCUGUCCCCGACAUGAAUUUCACCUACAACUUCAUCGGAAACGUGUCGUGGCCCAAAGCCGGUAACCAGUGGUUCCAAAAGAUAAACCUCACGUACGGUUUUCUUCCUACAAAUCGUAUCACGGCCAACGCCACGGAAGUGUUCGGACAGGCAUUCACGCGGUGGGCAAAUGCCACAGGGCGUUUGAACCUCACGCAGACAAACUACGAUGACGCAGACAUUAAGGUUGGAUUCUACAAUCUCGAUGACGUCAUUAACGCCAAUGUGUAUGGCGUCAGCUUUAUAAGGGAGGAACCUCCGUCUAACGUGAAGACGGCGGAGAUGCGUCUCAACGGGAAGAGGUUGUGGGCGCUGCCCAGUCAAAAUGGCAGCUUGUCGUGGGAGAAUGAUGUUCUGGACUUAGAGAGUGUGACUAUGCAUGAGAUAGGACAUUUACUUGGACUUGACCACUCUUUCUUGAACGAGUCUGUUAUGUAUCCUUACAUUUUGCCAUCACAACAAAGAAAGAUACAACUCUCGGACUCCGACAAGAACAAUCUUCUCCAACAGUAG